AGAGAGAGAGAGAGAGAGAGAAAAGCACAGCCACUUUCCCACGCUUCAUUGGCCUGCCAAAAUCUUUCCGCGCUGCUUGUGCCCGCUACGCUCGUACAAGAUCAAUGAAGGGCACAGGCAAAAAACCACAUUUACUUGUCGAACCCUCUCCGCAAUGGUUCACCCAACUAUUGCCUCUUCCUGUGCCCUCCAAGCCGCUAGCUGUAGCCUCACCCGCCAAAGUCACGGCGCUCCUCGCGCGCGCAUCUUCCCUACACGAUGCGGAACUCAAAACCUAUAACUCGUCCGAGAACAAGGCCGGGAUUGCAUCCUCGUCGGCGGACGCGACCUUCUUGCAGAAAGUGUUGCAGGCCGGGACGCUCAGCGACAAGCUCAGCGCUCUCACGCUACUCGUCCAGAGUAGCCCGCUACAUAACACGAAAGCGUUGGAGAGUUUGAAGGGAAUGGCGGAGCGGGGGAAGGGGAAGGGAGGGAGGGAGGAGAGCUUGAAGGCGUUGCGAUGUAUCGUCGAUUGGUGGGUCGGCGGAGGAGGACCAAGCAGAAAGCUGAAAUACUUCCGUGAUCAACCUCUCCUUCAUCCUGACGUUUCGGAACGUCACCUCCUUAUAUGGUAUUUCGAAGACUGGUUGAAGAAGUACUUUUUCUCAGUUAUACAGAUCAUGGAGACGCUGUCCCUCGAUCCAUUGCCAUACGUCCGCACGCAGGCAUUGUCCCAGAUCGCUGCCUUACUUCGCUCGCAGCCUGAGCAAGAACAGAAUUUGCUGCGUUUGCUCGUCAACAAGCUUGGCGACAGUGACCGCACAAUAUGCUCCCGAGCGUCGCACCACGUACUGCAGCUGCUACAGGCUCACCCGUCCAUGAAGCUCGUCGUUGUCCGCGAAGCCGUUUCGCGCAUGUUCCAUACCGCGCUCUCCUCGAGCGCCUCAGCUACCUCCAAAUCCACCCAUAUUCGUUUCGGCGACGCCGGCCCGAAGGGACAUACGAAGGAUACUCCGAAAAGGGGGCAGCGGAACAUGCACGCGCGUUACUAUACGACAAUCACGUUCAACCAGAUCGUGCUGACUCCCAAGGAGCGCGACGUCGCGGUGCAGCUUAUCAAUGUAUAUUUCGAUCUGUUCAAGGAUCUACUCGGGGAGGGCGGCGAGGCGGAUGACGCGCAGUCCGUCAGUGAGAAGGGAGAGAAGGACGGGGGGAAGGAUAAGGGAGGGAAGUUUCAGAAGGAGAAGGGCAAAGACAGGAAGGGCAAAGGGCGCGAAGUGAACGCGGACGGGAUGUUCACCGAGAUCGAAGACUCGAACUCGAGGUUGAUAUCGGCACUGCUGACCGGGAUCAACCGUGCACUCCCCUUCGCCAAAAUCUCGGAAGGAGAUCUUGGGUUCAACCGACACAUCGACACGCUGUUCCUUAUCACGCACAAAUCGACCUUCAACAUCUCCUUGCAAGCCCUCGUCCUCAUCCACCAGAUUUGCGUCUCGCUCCGCCGCCCAUCCCCCCCAUCCUCCUCAUCAAAACCAUCUGCGUCGUCCUCGGGUGCGCAGGUGCAAGAUCGCUACUACCGCACGCUUUACGCGUCGCUUCACGAUCCCCGACUGGCGACCUCCAACAAGCAGGCGAUGUACCUCAACCUCCUCUUCAAGUCGCUGAAGUCGGACCCGAAUGCGGCAAGGGUGAAGGCUGUCAUCAGACGGUUCGUGCAGGUCAUCGCGAGUGGCGCGUUUGGCGGGUGCGGUACAGAAUUUAUUGCGGGCGGGCUGUUCCUUCUUGGCGAGCUCUUCAGCACGAUACCGGGGCUCCGUGCUAUGCUUACUACGCCACCCUCCAAAUCAGAAAACGCAGAGGCAUACGACCCAAAGAAGCGUGACCCCCAGUAUGCUCACGCGGGCUCGUCGCCUCUAUGGGAGCUCACGCCCCUCCUUCACCACUUCCACCCUUCCGUCGCCCUUCACGCGCGACAGCUGCUCGCCUCGCAACCCGUGACCGCCCAGCCCGACCUUGCGCUCAACACUUUGUCGCACUUCCUCGACCGCUUCGUGUACAAGAACCCGAAGAAACCGAAAUUGAAGGGUGAUAGCGCAAUGCAGCCCGCCGUCGCAGCCACCCUGGGGGGAGGGGCGACGGGCGUGCAUCUUCGCCGGGGCGAGGUCACGGACGGUCUGGGAUUGAUGAACGAGGAGCAGCUGUUGAAGCGACGACCGGAGGAUGUUCCGGAGGACCAGCUGUUCUUCCACAAGUAUUUCUCGGCUAAGAAGAGAAAGGAGGCCGCCCGUUCCAAGGCAGCUAAGAGGAAGGAAAGGGGCGAGGACGAAGAAGAUGAAGAGGACGAUGAGGGCGUCUCUAGCGAUGACGACGAGCACAACGACGAAGAUAAGGGCCAGUCUGCGGAGCGUGGAUCUGAAUCGGAGGACGGCAGCGACGAAGAGGAAGCCGAGAUCUGGAAGGCAAUGAAGGCGACGAUGCCCCGCGAAGAGGGUGACGACGAUCUGCUUAUGGACGACGAGGAUGAGGAUGACCUCCCUUCGGACUUGGAUGACGCCGUGGCCGAUGACCUGUCUGCCGACUCCGACGCAGAAGCAGGUCCAGAUGUGGCCGACGAUGAUCAAGAAGAGGACGAGGAUGCCGAAUCCGCACAGGAUGACGAUGAUGACGAUGAUGGUUUAUCGCUUGCGGAGGCGUCCGACGCCGAAGACCUCGUAGACCUCGACGAGGAGGUUCCUGAAGGCCUCAUCCCCUACGAUGGGUCUGAUGCGGGCACAGAUGAGGACGAAGGAGACGCCGAGGAGUGGGGCGGUAUCGGCGGUGGUACGAAGAAGCGCAAGCGCGCUUCCGAGGUCAGGAGGGGACGGAAGAAGCUCAAGUCGUUGCCCACGUUUGCGACGUACGAAGACUAUGCCGCGAUGAUCGAGAACAGCGCAGAGGAUAACAUAUAAGUGGGAGAGUACUGCAUCAAGUCGUGUUGCUCUACCUAUUCAAUACAUACGGCUUCUUCGGCCCCAAUCCCGAUUACCGGUUAUACAUACAUUAUGUGGAUGACUCAGAGAGCCUUCC